GAAUAAAUAAUUGAUCGAAAUCUAUUGUUUCCCUGGAAUGAAUUCUGAAGGAAAAUUGUCUCCAUCUACUGCAACCUAAUUCUCCUGUUUGCCUUGCAAUCCGAUACUGCCAUGUGCCGCUAAGGAGAACUGCAAUUGAGCCUCAAGGCCUGGGCGUGGUUCUUGUCGUUUAAUCUCUUCUUUUCUUUUCUCUUCCCUUUGCUGCUUCCUCCCUCCCCCACCCUCUCUCUCCGAGGCCCAGUGAGGUCAGCUCAGGAAUAUUGCUGCAUUUCUCUGAGAUACUCUGGCACAGCUUGGUACCUCGUGUGUGUAUGCAUUUUACCAGCCCAGCAGCAGACAAAGUGGUGAAGUCUGCCGGUGCUGGAAUUUGGGACACGAGGGAUUCAAGUUAUAUUCCUGGCAGAUCUUUGCUGAGCUUGAUGACUUUGCUGCAGUGAAACUUCAGGAAGAAAUCCAGCUCCCAGGGAGGAGGCGGAGGAGGAUGCCCCGGCUGCCGGCCGCCAGCGAGGCUCCCCGGCGCUAGCAAGCAGCGAUGAACCAGCCGCCUGCCGGGGGCGCUGCGGCUGCUUCCGAGCCUCGCCAGCAUCCGGAGGGCAGCAGCAGAAAGCAGCAGCAGCAGCAGCGAGCGUCCUCUCCGGCGGGCCCCCGGGACAGCCGCCCCGCCGCCGCCGCCGCCCCCCCCGCGAGCCGCCGCCGCUUCCAAGGGCAGCGGGGCGCGGCCGCCGCGGGGCAGAGAGGCGGCCGGGGCCGGGCGGACAGGCCGCCGCCCGCGCUGCUGCGGGGCGCGGCGCUGCCGGGAGCUGUCCAGCCGGCGGCUGGUGCUGAAGCGCAGCCGCACGCGGCGGGGGCCGCCGCAGCCUCCCGGGCGCCGGAGCCGCCGCCCCCCGCCACGGAGCCGGCCGGCGAGGAGCCGCCGCCCGCGGGAGGAGGAGGAGGGGCAGGGGGAGCGGGCGAGCGGGAGGGGGCAGCCGCGCUGCAGCCGCCGCCCAGGAACUGGAGGGGCAAAGCGGGGCGGGCUCCGCAGCGGGGAGGCGGGGAGGCGGCCCCGGCUCCUCCAUCUUCCUGUGGCGCAGGCAAGGGCCGGGCGGCGGGCGGCGGCGGGUGCUGGCGGGAGGGAUGCCUGCAGACUGAGCUCAUCCAGUUCCACCUGCGGCGGGGGCUGGCGGCCGCGGCCCAGAUGCAAACCAAGGGCGGCAACCCGGUCCCCGGCGGCGGCGCCCCGGCCGAGGCGCCCCUGGCCUCCUCCCCCUCGCCCAUGGCGGCGGCCGGGCUCGAGGGGCUGCAGCAGGGCGCUGGGGACGGCGGGAGACCGAGCCCGCCGCAGCAAGAGGAGCUGCAGGAGGAGAUGGAGAGGCUGCGGGAGGAGAACGAGACCCUCAAGAAUGAGAUAGAUGAGUUGAGGACUGAGAUGGAUGAGAUGAGGGACAGUUUCUUCGAGGAGGAUGCUUGUCAGCUGCAGGAAAUGCGUCAUGAACUGGAGAGAGCCAACAAGAAUUGCCGAAUCCUACAGUACCGGCUCCGCAAGGCUGAGCGCAAGAGGCUCCGCUAUGCGCAGACUGGGGAGAUUGAUGGAGAGCUCCUGCGCAGCAUGGAGCAGGAUCUCAAGGUUGCAAAAGAUGUCUCAGUAAGACUUCAUCAUGAGUUAGAAAAUGUGGAAGAAAAACGAGCUACAACAGAAGAUGAAAAUGAAAAGCUAAGACAGCAGCUUAUAGAAGUUGAGAUUACUAAACAGGCUCUACAGAAUGAACUGGAAAAAGUGAAGGAGCUGUCAUUGAAAAGAAGAGGGAGCAAAGACUUGCAAAAAUCAGAAAAAAAGUCACAGCAGACACCCACUGAGGAGGACAAUGAAGAUCUGAAAUGCCAGUUGCAGUUUGUUAAAGAAGAAGCUGCCCUUAUGAGGAAAAAAAUGGCUAAAAUUGAUAAGGAGAAAGACAGAUUUGAACAUGAGCUUCAAAAAUAUAGAUCAUUUUAUGGGGAUCUAGACAGUCCCUUACCGAAAGGUGAAGCUGGAGGACCGCCUACCACAAGAGAAGCAGAACUCAAACUUAGAUUGAGAUUAGUAGAGGAAGAAGCCAACAUCCUUGGAAGGAAAAUAGUAGAACUGGAAGUAGAAAACAGAGGACUGAAAGCAGAGCUUGAUGAUUUAAGAGGAGAUGAUUUCUCAGGAACAGCAAAUCCCCUCAUGGGGGAACAGAGCGAAUCUCUCUCAGAGUUACGGCAGCAUUUGCAGCUAGUUGAAGAUGAGACAGAAUUGCUGAGGAGAAACUUGGCUGACCUGGAGGAACAAAACAAGCGCAUCACAACUGAGCUAAAUAAAUACAAGUACAAGUCUGGCACCCAUGAGAGCUCGAGGCACCAUGAUAAUGCCAAGACGGAAGCACUGCAAGAAGAGCUAAAAGCUGCCCGAAUGCAAAUCAAUGAGCUCAGUGGCAAAGUCAUGCAACUUCAGUAUGAAAACAGAGUGUUAAUGUCCAACAUGCAGCGCUAUGAUUUGGCCUCUCACCUCGGGAUCCGGGGCAGCCCCAGAGACAGUGAUGCUGAAAGUGAUGCAGGGAAAAAAGAAAGUGAUGAUGAUUCCCGCCCUCCCCACCGCAAAAGGGAAGGUCCCAUUGGAGGGGAAAGCGACUCUGAGGAGGUACGCAAUAUCCGGUGCCUGACUCCCACUAGGUCUUUUUAUCCUACGCCAACUGGGUGGCAGAAGAGCUUCACAGAUCGGCAGCAGAUGAAGGACAUCCGCUCUGAAGCCGAGCGACUGGGCAAGACGAUAGAUCGUCUGAUUUCUGACACGAGUACCAUCAUAACUGAGGCAAGAAUUUAUGUGGCCAAUGGGGAUCUAUUCGGACUCAUGGAUGAAGAAGAUGAUGGCAGUAGGAUUCGGGAGCAUGAGCUUCUUUAUCGAAUCAAUGCACAGAUGAAGGCAUUUAGGAAAGAACUCCAGACUUUCAUCGACAGACUAGAAGUUCCAAAGUCAUCAGAUGACCGAAGUGCAGAUGAACCUUUGUCAGUGAGUCAGAUGUUCCAGCCUAUCAUUUUACUUAUUCUCAUCCUUGUGUUGUUUUCAUCCCUUUCUUACACAACAAUAUUUAAACUUGUCUUCCUUUUUACACUAUUUUUUGUACUGUAAACCUUUAAUCAUUUACUGUUCAUUGUAGUAUUAUUUUCAGUUUGUUCAUUUUGUCCACCCUCCAAGAUAAGAAGUACAAGAGAUAUCGUUUCUGUAGUAGCUACUGCUGUAAAAACACUGAAGACUACUUGUUUGCAAAAAAGAACAAAACAAAGUGAAACAAAAACAAAAAGCAAAACCAAAUCUAAAAAAGCCACCCAGUUGAAUAAGAAUUCUGCUCACCAAGGUAUUCCAGGAUCAGGAUUCACAGAACUGGAACUCUUUAUCCCAGCUAGCUAUGCAUUUCACUGCUUUCACUACUACACUGAAAAAUGGACUGAAAAAUUUCUGAAGGAUUGUUUACUCCACAAAAGGUAA